AUGACUUCGAGGAAUGGCAUCAACUCUGGAGGGAAGGGCUGUCGCGCCAAAGCACUCAUAGCUGUGGCAAACCAGUCGGACGACCCGUUACUCGAAGUGAACCAAAGUGUCCGCACAUUCGUCGACCACAACGGACGCGAACACCGACUCUCGUGUCACCGAUGGGACGAAUUGGACGCCGAGACUCAGCAGUGGAUCCAAGACGUGACGGAACACAACAUGAAGUCAUUCUACGAGUCGUCGUCUUGUGGUUGGAAUCGGUCGCAGAAGGAGAAGGAGUUGAGACACUCGACGGCCCGGCAUUUGGUGGUCCGCUCUCAAGAGGACAACCGUUUGGUAGCCUUCAGUCACUUCCGGUUCGAGACGGGAGGCCAGGAGUCGGAGUGCUGUGUCUACUGCUAUGAACUGCAGGUCGAGGCCAGUCAUCAG